AUGGUUGCUCUUCAUGAUCUAGAGCUUGAACAACUAGAUGUAAAGAUAACAUUUUUACAUGAUGACAUACUUAUUACUGCUAAAAGCAUGUCACAAAUUAAUAUUCUGAAAAAGCAAUUGAGUGAUGAGUUUGAGAUAAAGGAUUUGAGUGCUGCAAAGAAGAUUUUGAGAAUGGAAAUCACUAGGGAUAGAAACAUAUCACUAAAUAUAGAUGAGGAGAUGGAGCACAUGUCCAGUGUUUCCUAUUUGAGUGCUGUUGGUAGCAUCAUAUAUGCUAUGGUUUGUACCCGACCUAACCUUUCACAUGCAGUUAUUAUUGUGAGUAGAUACAUGGCGUGUCCUGAGAAAGAGCAUUGGCAGGCAGUGAAAUGGAUUCUGAGAUAUUUGAAGGAUACUACAAAUGUUAGUUUGACAUUCGAUAGGGCCAAGAUGAAUGAUUCAGUUGUUGGCUAUGUGGAUUUAGAUUUUACAGGGGACUUAGACAAGAGGAGAUCUCUGAUAGGUUAUUUGUUUACUCUCUCUGGAAGUGCUAUCAGUUGA